CAACUAAACACCGCUCAGUCACGCUGAAGGAUUCCUCAAUUGGUGUUAUAUAAAACCGUUCACUAUCGCUUUCAUUGUAAGUACGAUAUUUAAUCUUAUAUUUAACGCUUUGCUAUAAAUGCUAGGAUUCGAAUCAAGCUAUUUCAGGCCAGAUUUCAUAACCGCAAUCAUUUUUACAGUCGCAGCUGCGAGUUACAAAGCGUGAAAUACGAUAUUGGUCGCCGUAAAAAAAUCUCUCUCAAGUUUUCGUUUCAACGCUUAUAACAUUUUAAACGUCGUUUGUAAUAGAGACUCUAUUUUCAAUUAAUCGCAAAAGGUUCUUUCGAAGUCUUUGCAAUAAAAGGAAGGCCAUUUAAGAGUGUAAAUAAAACACUGAUAUUUAAUUAAAGCUUCCUUUCGAGGUAAGGCAAUUUAAAUUACACUUUUUCCAUCUGUUCACGGAAAUCUUUAUCUUUUACGGAGUUUUUCCCGGAUUAAUUCUGGUAAGUGACUAUUAAUCCUUAGAGUAGAGUUUCUGAUCGGAAUUUUUACUGAUAAACUCAUAAAAAAAAUUAAAGAAACAAUUUGGGGAAAGUGUACUAUAGAUUGUGUGUUUUCAAUUAAUAAUUGGAUCUCGCACUUUUGCAAUGUUGUCUUACGCCAGCUAAUCAUUUUCUCUGCAUGUGUUUAUGAGUCACGAGUGAUCUACGUUUAAGUUUUUGGCCUUAUUGGGGUUGCUGGCGCUUGCCCUCGUAACCUUUAAAGAAAUAAAGGGAGGUCCGACUGAUAUUCCGGUUGAGAAUGCCCUCGGGAUGAUUCGCACAAUGCGAAAUCAAGCUGGUGAAUAUUGGCUGACAGUCUCACUCAGUCAGUCAGUCGCUUGUGCAGUUGUGUGUAUGCCCUUGCUUAACGUUUCUCCACUACAUACGAAUGUAUAGUACUGAAACACUCGACGAGCGCUUCGUUAGUUCGUUUUCAACGCUUAUACAGUUAUAGUUAUACGUUUCGGUAUUUAAAAUCACUACUGAUUCACUAUUACGCACAAUACACUCGCACUUUAUGUAAUGUACGUCAUACUGUAACAUUAAAAUUCACUCGGUAACUGGCUAUCAGUUUAUCAGAUCCCAUAAAACAAGAGUUGAAUCAUUAUAAAAGAAUAAUAUUUGUAUUAGUGGGAAGUUUUCGGCUAAAAAACUUUUGUUUGAAUUUCCCGCUCUCUGAAAGUUGCUCAGUUCCAAAUUUUAGUUCAACUGUUUUACAGGACUUUUAAUAAGUCAUACAAAUCAUACAAGUAGCAUUAGAAAUCGAAAACACUGCGGAUAUAUUCUAAUUUGAAAGCCUUCGGCAGGUGGCUUGACUAAAACACUGACUUGUCUAAAACACUGACUGAUAAGAAUAUUAAUUGUUGCUGAAAACUUAUACAACAAUUGCUUGCGUCAUGAUUUCAUGAUUUGGCGCUAAAUAUCCGUGAGAAUCAUGAUUAUAUUUUUAAUUCACCUCAGCUAUUCAUAACCGUUGUGUUAAUAUAACCCCAAAAGAUAAUGUCAAUCAGACAAUGGUUACAAACAACGCCUCCAUAUGCCUCGUGUCAGUUAACCACCGUUUUUGCAAAAUUGAUAUUCCUUUGACGUAUCUGGUUUUAAGCAAAGUCAAAAUGAAGGAACUUGUUUGCCAAAACUGCUUAUGUAAAUGCAGCUGUACAUAACUGGUUCAGUGAGAUUAUGCCGGAACGCAUUUCCCUUGGAUUUACUGAUAUAAAAUUCGGCACAUACCCUUUAUGAUAAAUUCCAUUUAAUAAACUGAUCACUGUACUCCGUGUUGAGUUUGUGCUAUACUGCUAUGGUAAACUACCAAAAGUUGUUUAGGAGUAGUUGUUCGUAACUUUGAAGAAGAGAGUCUCCCGGCAGGGGUUCCAUUUUCCAAUAGAAGCACUGGAACAAAGCCAAAAAUAGUAGGCAACUUGUAAGUUGGCGAACAAUAGAACAUGGUGAAAUCUUUGUGGGAAACAAAGACACAAAGAAAACAAUUCCAAGAGAACAUGGAAACACAUCACCCCCCCCCCUUCAACAGGAUUCAAUCAUACCCCUAUCCUAACUCUACGUUACUGGCGUAACUAUACCUGGUUGAAAUAAAUAAAUGCAGUUCCCGAAUAUAAUUUGAUCAGGAAUUUAUACAUUUAUUCACCAAAAACCAUUUAGACUACUGGAAAACAGACCUUGUCCCCAGGUUUUUCCCUGGGAAACAUGUGCCUGAAAAUUUCGCGCAAUAAUUGGUAGAAUUUCUCUGCAAUCUUUAUUAAAACUUUAGGUAAAUUUCAGUUGGAAAACAGAGUGGACAAUGGCCAAGUAUUUUACGUAAUAUUUUAAAUCCGACUACGAGGAUUGACCUAGAUUUCAAUUUGAUGAAGUCCAAGGCGAAGCGGAGGACUGGAUCAAAAUGCGAGGACUUGAAAUCUAGUCCAAUCCGAAUUGGAGGAUUUGAAAUGAAAGUGAGGUGAAUUAAUUUUGAUCCAGUCCAAGGACUGAAUUAAUUUUGAUCCAUUCCUGAGACUGGGGCAGCGUUUACACUGUACCGUUUUCGUAGCGUUCUCGUAUUGUUCUUAAUCCUCAAGGGAACGCAAGACAAUAGUCUAGUUCUCUCGAACAAUACGAGAACGCUACGAAAACGGUACAGUGUAAACGCUGCCUGGAUUAAUAUACUUCACCAGGUAUGCAGUAUUAUCAUGUGAGCAAAAUAAAGCAGUAUGGUUGGCUAAUUUACUUAUGAAUUGUUGAUGCGUUUAAGCUCGCGACGUACCGCAUUCCUGGGAUAUUUGCAAACAAUAUCGCUCAGCGUAUAAGGGGUUAUCUGAAAACAAAUAAAUUUAUCUAUAGCAAACGCACAAGAUCUUUUUCGGCAUUGCCGACAUGAUGGCGUUGAAAUAUCUUGUCAGAAAUGAAUAACGUGCGUUGACGUGAAGUUUUUAAGAAACUACCGUUUCGUUAUUAGUUCCAUAAUUACACGGAUGUACGAUAAAGCGUUAUUAGCAUCAUUAAAUACACGCCCUAAGCUUGACAGGGCAUAUCUCUCUGUGUAGACGUAUAUACAUAUUGAUGCUAAAAGUUCUGCAAUUGUGAUCAAGUGUUAUUAAAGAGUGAACUGCCAGUGGCUCGCGUGCCAAGGUUAUCUGAAAAAUUCUUCUGCGAAAUUAGUAAGUGUGGUGUAUCAAUUACUCAAUUAUAACUGUAAAAUACUAUGAUUUAUUUCUUAUAAACAUAAAGAAACAUAUAUUGCGUAAAGCAGGCGAAAGAUGGCUAUGUCUGACAAUAUAGACAAUAGUCUGCGCGCUGUAUACCAGUAAGUCAGGCAAAGUUGUCGGAUAGCUAUACGUGCAAUUAAAGUCUUUCUAAAAGCGUUUACGACUGAAGAGAGCCUAUAGGUAUAGCUUGGAUAGCAAUUUACGGGCUUUUGUGUAUCAUGAUGUAACGACUAGCAUCAAAUUUUUCAGGUCGUUGCAUCAUACAUAUAAAUCCGCAAUUUGUAUUCUUCCAAUCUUCCCUAUACGUAUACUUGUAUCUAAUCUGGUUAUUGUUGUAUUUUGCGCCACAUACCAGCGCCUUAACCGGAUAUCCCAGUAGCUCGAUGGUUAGUGCAUGGGUUCGGUUUGACACUCUUAAAAUUAAUUUUGCCAUAUGUGACUUAAAUCCAUUUGAAUUGUGGACACUCCAAGUUGCCAUUCAUGGUAUGUUUCAUAUCGGUAGACAACACAAGUGACCCUUGAGAAGUGUUGAGUAAUAUCCCCUUAGCAUAAAGAAGCCUCCGCGAUAUAGAGGUAGAACAACAGAACUUAUAUGACACCAUGCGUAACGACGUAACGGACAGCGAGGUCGCCUUCUCUGGUAAUGAAAAGUAGCAAAAGGAUGUAAAGUCUAUGCAUGUGUGGGAAAGAGUUCAUUUUGGACACUAACAUAUGUCAUUUUAAUACUGUUAUUUAGUUAUUAAUCCGCGUUACUCCUCGUGCAGUUUCGACUAAACUUCAUGACGCAGUUUGCAAGUCAAAUUCUGCUGAGCUUGAUUUCAUUAAUCACAACAGGCAAGUAUCAACAUACACCAAAACCUUGGCGGUCAAACGAGAUGAAUGAGAGUUGGCACACAUGCACGAAUUGUUAUACAAGGGGCAUUUAAUUUCCAGCUCUAGAUUAACAUGUUCAACAUGUUGUGUGUUCGAGUAAGGCCAAAAGUUACUGCUGAAAAUAAAGCCUAACUUAGGCGGCACAUUUUAAUAUAAAAACUAUAUGAAAAAUAUAAAAAAUAUAAAAAAAAUACAAAAUAAAGGUUUGAUGUUGUGAAAGCAUUAAGAACAACUAUAACCUAACUCUGACCUUUAGGCUUUCCUUACUACAUGGAGUCGUACAGAUGAAAGACCUUCGCUCGAAAUUCGGGGAAAUUUUGAAGUGGAAAAUUAUUUUUUUCGGGAUGAGAAAUUUUUUCAAGAUGUGAUGUGGAAUGCGGAAUUAUUCAGACAAACACCACAAAGAAUGCUGAUUUUUUUUUUUUUUAAAUUUUGCCUGCAAAUAUGGGUUAUUACACUCUAAAAUUCCGCCUCAUCUCAAGAUCAAGUUAUCGAAGUUCUUAUCAUGCUAAAUAUUUUUUGUUCAACUCCUAGGUUCGGCGUUGAGAUGCUACGAAUGUCUGCCAAACCGAACCCUAGCUUCCGCAGGAAAACCUUCGUGUUUCCCUAAACCAAUAACUUGCAAGAAUGAGACCCACUGCCUGAGCAUGCGCAGGAUAUCUGGGAAAUCUAAAUGGAUAUACAAAACCUGCGCAGACAGAAGUAAAUGUGUUUCAGCGCAUGCAGUUUGUGUGAAACUUAUUAGCAAAUCCCAUAACUCAUCCUCAGUAGAGAAGGAAGAAUGUCACGCUCAUUGUUGUGAGGGAGAUUUGUGUAAUCUCGAAGUAUAUAAAGAUGAAAUACAAACUAUUGACAAACACCAGGGAAAUGGCAAUAGCACAAGCUCGAUACCAGUACCUCUAACCGCGCUGAUGACGUCAUUAUUGUUAAUGUUGCUUCAUCUGUUUGGCUUGACCUAGUGGAUGCUAUAACCUUUCGUAUUUUUUAUUUUCUUAAACUCUUUGCUUGUGCUGGUUACGUUUUAAGGGAUACAAUCUCCGUUGGUGUAUAAAUAUUUGCGCAGAAAUGCCACCGAAAUGGUGAAAGUAAAACAAUCACGUCCAAUUAUCUAUUGUGACGUCACUUGCAACGCGGACGAGGGGCCUCGAAACGUCGCGAGGUCUAUUCUUAUUCUUCAGGCAAUUGCCUCAUGCACACAACACAAGCUCGACCUUGCACGCGUAGAAACGAACCUGUUCCUCAGGUUGAUAUCGACAGGCUUGAACAAGGUUGUGCCGCACCCUCAGAAAACGUUGUCAACAAUGUUGUUGCAGCAUUGAGCAGUUGUAACAAGUUGUCAACAAUGUUGUUCCAGCAUGGAGCAGUUGUAACAAGUUGUCAACAAUGUUGUUGCAGCAUGGAGCAGUUGUAACAAAGUUGUCAACAACGUUGUUGCAGCAUGGAGCAGUUGUAACAAGUUGUCAACAAUGUUGUUGCAGCAUGGAGCAGUUGUAACAAGUUGUCAACAAUGUUAUUGCAGCAUGGAGCAGUUGUAACAAGUUGUCAACAAUGUUAUUGCAGCAUGGAGCAGUUGUAACAAAUUGUCAACAAUGUUGUUGCAGCAUGGAGCAGUUGUAACAAAUUGUCAACAAUGUUGUUGCAGCAUAUAGCAGUUGUAACAAAUUGUCAACAAUGUUGUUGCAGCAUGGAGCAGUUGUAACAAAUUGUCAACAAUGUUGUUGCAGCAUGGAGCAGUUGUAACAAGUUGAAUGUGACGUCAUGUGCAAACGCUCUAUAGAAGAGAAACCCUUUAUAGAAGGUUUCUAAGAAACCUCCAUAGAAGUAGAAUAGAAGAUGUAGAUAGAUGAACACUGUAUCUAAAAUUUCAAACAAGAGGCUGAUUUUGAGAGAAAAAGUGAAAAAAGGACAAUGAACACAAAAUAAGAAAAUGUAUACAAUACGAAACUUUAGUUUAUUUACACAGAUUAUAUGAAUUGCACUCUAAAACAAAGAAAGGUGUAAAGGAUUUCAUGAAUUACAGUGUAUUAUAAUCACGUAAUUAUUAAUAUAGGCAGAUUGUUAAUAUGUCCAAACAUAGUUUUGAGCCAAACUUGUCCUGGUUGUACUGGUACGAUAAACCAACGGAGGCUCCCAUAGGGGUUUAAACAAGCGACAUUUUGUCUGCUGAUGGGUAGCCUGCGAACAGGCUCUCAAGCUGAAUUGAGAGCCUGCAUCGAUGACUAAUGAAUUUGAAUAUCUGCGUCUCAAAUCGUGACGCGAAAUUCUCAUUGGUCAGAUGCUAUAAUUUAUAUGUUUCUGCUGAGCUCUAUGUAUGUCAACUGCUGAAGCACUAUGCAUAAAAAACACAUUAACUGAUCAAAUUGGUCUUGGCCAUCUUAUCUCAAAGCACGAAAUGUUCUGUUUUGAGAAAACAGUAUUUAAAACAUUUAAACUUUUGCUUGAAUAUCUUAUAUUUCUAAAAACAGUAUAAACUGUACGGUCUAAAUUUAGUUUGCACGGUCUAAAUUUAGUUUGCACGAAAGUUGUAAACAACACCAUAUAAGGAUAGACAUUCCAUAUUUGGAAAAACGAACGUUACGGGGCAGAUAUUCAAAUUCAUUAGUCAUCGAUGCAGGCUCUCAAUUCAGCUUGAGAGCCUGUUCGCAGGCUAGCUGAUGCGGGACUGGAUUAAAAACUGUGUUUGUGUCAGUUUCUGGUAAUCGGCAACACAUAUGAGAAACACCUCUGGAGAAAACAUAAGAUUUUUAAAGCUUUUUGCUUCCUUACAUGGGCGCUAUGAGGCAAAAUGCCGCCAGAAUUAGUUACACCAAUCUUCGGGUGACAUCCGUGUUGACACAAACAUCGCUUGCUUAAGCUCACCUUGUCUUCUGAAUGACUGGACAACAAGCAUUACACUAUUAAUAAUAAUCUGUACUUCUCAAAGUCGACCGCUUUGUAGCCUGUGUACAGUCGAAAUCUCGAGAAUUAUAACUGUACACUGUGCUAAUCGCAUUGAUAAGACCGCAUGCAUAAGCUAGCUCUAUAAUCUAUAUUGCCAACGCUCAAUUUUUUUCAUUGUUUUGUACAUAUUCAGUCAAUCUAAAUGCGAUUGUUUUAACUUCUUAACGUCUCAAGCCGUUUCUGCAUGUCAGCCAUAUCCUCCUCCCCAUCUGAGUCUGCCAUGGCUGUUGCACCUUGCAACUCGCCCUAGAAUAA